AUCGCUUGAGCACAGAUCCAUAAUAAUCAGUGGCAAAUAUGAUUAAAUUGUUCUUAAUCGCUGCUGUUGCAGUAGCAGCAACAUACGCUGCUCCUCAAGCUGCAACUACAACAGUUGCACCUAUAACUGCCACAAAUGAUUAUUAUAGACGAUACGAUCCGUAUUACAGAAACACAUUUGCAUAUGAACCAUACCGCAGAAUUAACACCAUCGAUCCUUACAGGGGUAAUUACUGGGGUAAUGACUACUACCGAAAUAACUAUAGGACUGGCCCUUACUUUGGAAACGAUUACUAUAACAGACAAUGGAAUGAUGGAUUUUACAGAAAAAAUGACUUCAGGAAUAACGUAUAUAAAAGCGAUCCUUUGUACUAUAAGAAUCUCUAUAAUUAUCCUGAUUACACAAAGAACUAUGUAGCUGGUCCAGAGGCUGCUGCUAGAAUUGUGAGAUUCGAAAGUAAUGUCAAUCCUGAUGGAACCUACCAGUAUGGCUAUGAAACCGAUAACGGCAUUGCUGCCGAGCAACAGGGUUAUCCAGUGAUAGGACCUGAUAACGAACCCGGUACCGGAGCUACCGGAUCAUUUAGUUUCACAUCACCGGAAGGUCUCCACUUCCGUACUACAUAUGUUGCCGAUGAAAAUGGUUAUCGCGCUCAACAAAGUAAUGAUGUAAGAGGUGUUGUUCCGGUACCCUACUCUGCAAAAGCUCCAGUCGUUGCAACAGCUUCUCAGACGAAGUAAAUAAAUUAAUUUGAUAAAGUAUGAUAUUUUUUAUUUUUAUUAUUAUGUAAUAAAUGGUUAAUUAUAA